AAGUCUUGUUGUUCCUCCCUAUAACUUGUGGCUCGCAAACCCUCCGGCGUCACGUCUGACGGGCACCCUAUUCACGUUCUGAACAACCGAUACCAUCAGCUUAUAUCCCAUUGUUCUCGACCGCAAAACCCUCUCUACUUUUCGUCCACAAACUCUGCAUCUCGUGUCAUAGUCACACAAGGACACUGACACGCUCACCAAUCUCAUAUAAAGCAUUGGUCUCAAAUAUCGACGAUGACGUCUGUGUUGGGCUCGGUAGUCGGAUUCGCGAGCUGGUCAUACAUUCCCGACCUCAUAACCAAUAUCCUUCUGCGAGUCCUCCGGCGUUGGCUUCCUAAGCCUGCAUCUCCAAUGGAAUACCGCAUCACUUUUUCUCUUGUCGUCUUAACAUAUAUGAUCUAUAACUUCGUUGACGCGCUCGUCACUACCCCCCCUAAUUUCUACGAACUGCUCAACGUCCCACCGGAAGUUGAUGACAGCGGACUCAAAAUGGCGUUCAGGAGCUUCGCAAGGCGAUAUCAUCCGGAUCGAGUUGGCCCACAGGGCACCGUGCUUUUCAUGACGGUCCGGGAAGGAUACGAGGCUUUGAAGGAUCCGGUGAAGAGAUGGGCGUAUGACAGAUUCGGCCCUGAAGUGUUGACAUGCCACAAUUGCGUGACGGCCAAAGAAUAUCUUCAUCACGGAAUGCUGAUGUCGCUAGGGUUCCAUAUCGUUUCUGGCCUGGCCUUACUGUUCUUCUCAGCGAUUGGCAAAGGUGACGGUGUCGCAUUUUGGCGCUAUGUUAUGUUCUUUGCGUUGACAGCGGCUGAACUGUCUCUUGUCUUCGGUCCUGCCCCGUCCUCGCGCUCGUAUUAUGCCUACGGCCGAAACAUCCUCACCUUUUUGUUCCCUUCCCGACUGGCUUUCCAGCACGUCAAACUUUUGCAUCAAGUAUUUCUGUUCCUCAGUAUUGGACUGUCGCGCAUCACACCCGUUCUAUUCCCGAGCUCAGUAGAACCAAAAAUUACCACUGCUGCCGCCUCAAUGGCGUUGAUGAAUCUGAGCGCUAAGCUCAAGCUUCUUGAGAAAGAAUUACACACGGUGACAAAGACCGACAUGUUCAGCAUCAGACCUCCUGCAGAUAACUCAUCUAGCUCACUCGGCCGGAACGUGUUCGGGUCUACCCCAGAUGAAGACACAUUUGCCCUGCUGACGCAUGAGAUGGAAAACAUGAUGAUCGAAGGCCGGCUGGGGACCGAGGGUGGGGAUAUCGCGGCCAAGCGCGCGGAAGCUAUAGAGUGGGGACGGAACCAAGGGAUUUUGCCACCCCGUCGACGAACGCCCUCAAAUGGAGAUGUCGCCACGCGGCAGGCAGCAGCCCCAUUGUCUUCACAGGAGACAGAGAUCAUCAACGUGGACGACUUGCCAGACCACGGGUUGCCCUCGCCAGCAUCGACCGCUGGAGGAUAUGGUCGAUUGAACCCGAUGUGGCUCCCACAACGCCUUCCUGCAGUCACGGCCUCUUCAAGUUCUAUGGCAGCGACGCCAUAUAUUCGAGCACGCUCUAAGAGCUACUGA